UAAACCAUUACCAUCGCAAGGGGACACCAAUACCAACCAUCCCAACUUUAACUACACAUGCACAUAGCUAUUUUGGCGGAGGACAAAGUUUUGGGUCGAAAGUCGGGAAACAGAAACUGAAGAAUAUAGGUCGGUAUUAUAAGUCACUUUGGUUCCUCACGUCAGCUAUUUCUAAAGGUCAAAGAGGGGGUCAGUCGGGUUCUAAUGAGUGUUUCUUCAGGUUCACGGUACAGAGGAAGGGUCAAACUACCAUCAGGGUCAUAAAACUACUCCUGGAAAUGCCCACAACCCCUAAGAAAGCCUUGUCAAAUAGGUGUUCUUGGGCGAUGAAAUGUCUUAUAUUGUGACCCAUAGUGAUCUGGCAACGGUGCAUACUAAUCCUCUACUGUUAUCGCUUGUCCCGUCCCUCUACUACAGUUCCUAGCGGCGGCGAUGUGCCUGGCUACUGACGGGGCGGCGGAGGAAGACUUCAGCGGGAACACAGACGAAUACAACAAACUCCAAAACCUGAGCCCGGUGAAACGCGGGGUUCUGGGAGGCGGGUACGGGCAUAACCACGGGUACCGGUGUGGCGCAUACGGGCACUCACACGGCAACACACACGGGUACCCACACGGCAACGCACAAGGCUACGGGCACGGUUACGCAUACGGUCACGGGCACGGGUACACUCAUAGCAAAGUCCCCGCGAAGCCUGAGCCAAAGGUCCCCGCCUGCGCCGCUAACUCAAGCCGCCCCUGGUGCCUGGUGGACGCUCAGUACCCCGCGCAGGAGAUCCAACACGCCGCGGAGCUCCACUUCCACUCCCUCCUUCCCUUGUACACCGACGUGGCCAACCUCAACACCGAGCUCUCCGUUGACCCUCCAGUCUAUACCCUGAAAGACGAGACGUACCUCUGCCCCUCCUCCACCGCCUACGUCAAACCCCUCCGUGUGGUGAACGCUGAGGGUCGCUGGAGGAUCGUGGUCAAUGGUGUGAAGCUGUACAAGAACACCCUCACGCAGACGGCCCGUGUGGAGACGUGUAAGGCCCCCAGAGCGUCGUGUCCCAAGGUGCCGGACUGCCUCAAGUCUUCCUGCCGUGAGAAGUCCGUGUACCAUCGCUUCCUCGUCUACGACCCCUACGAUCUUCACCUCCCGUUCGGUAUUGAGUCGUUCAAGCUGCCGUCUGCGUGUGCGUGUUACCUCGGAGCCUCGCCUAUCCCCGGUUGAUCUGACGUCUUCCUCCACCCCUCUCUGCCACCUGUCUCCUAACUCCACCUCUCACCUCCACCUGUCUCUUAUCUCCACCUACCUCCUAACCUAACCUAACUUAACUCUUACUCAUCUCCACCUAUAUGUAUACCUCCUAACCUAUCAUAACCUAACCCAAACCAUUUUUACCUCCACAAUUUUCUCUCAAUAACACUAAUAGCUUGUUCUAACCUACCCUACUCUAUCCUACCCUAUCCUAGACUACUUAACCUAACGAUCCAACCUCACCAAACCUAACCUGGCCUAACCUAAACCUAACCUAACCUAACUUCCAUCCAUAUCUUCUAUAACGAAGCUCUCAUGAAAAUCAGAAUUAGCAUAUAUUUCUAACCAACAAAGUUAAAUAUUCUCUACCCUCCUCUACCUCUACUUUCCUCUAUUCUCUACUUCAAAAAAUCACUCAAUUCUACUUUAAACAUCUACCGUUGCCCUUUAAUAUAGCUGCCCUUUCCUUCAAGUUUAACCCAUAUCAGUGCCUUCCUUUCGCCCCUAGCCAAAGCGAUCUAUCUCCUCCCACCACCAUGAACCCGAAGACUCCUCCUCCUCCCUCUGAAUCAUUAACCCCGACUUCCACCUUCUCGCUAUCUUGAAACCGCAACCAAGAAAAACCGCAACCCCUCUCCCUAGAAGACCGCAACCCCUCUCCCUAGAAAACCGCAACCCCUCUCCCUAGAAAACAGCAACCCCUCUCCCUAGAAAACAGCAACCCCUCUCCCUAGAAAACAGCAACCCCUCUCCCUAGAAAACCGCAAUACUCCUUACAUUAUCACCCAGAAAAACCUCACUUCCUCUCCUACUGCCGUCCAUUAAAACCGCCCCCCCUCACACCAGAAUCCCCAAUGCCCCUUCUAGUACCACCGGUAAAACCCCUCCCACUCCCAGACAGGAAAAGCAACAACAGCCCUCCCCUCCCCAUCUAUAACUACAACACAUUCCUUUUCCCUUUCUCAGCCUUUCACCCCAAACUAUCUCGACGGUCUAACACGUUAAUAUAAUAAACACCACCACCAACAAAACCUAACAAGCUCCCUUCCACUUCAACACAGAAAAUGACCCUCCACUUCACAUCAAUUUACGACUACACCUUUCCUUCUCACAACCUUUCACCUCCAGCAAACACUAACUCGAAAAUCGUAACAAGCUACAAAGGAAAAAGCAAUGUCCUUCUACUGCAACAAUAACAACAACAACAAAAAAUGACCCUCCACUUCACAUCAAUUUACGACUACACCUUUCCUUCUCACAACCUUUCACCUCCAGCAAACACUAACUCGAAAAUCGUAACAAGCUACAAAGG